AAAUAAUGAAAUUAAUUUCUACUGCGGGGCCUUUUUUCGUAGGGUCCGUUCGUUUCGACACCGCUGCUCUUUAUUUUACUCUAAAGAUUUUUUUGGUUCCUAAUUUAGGUCUUUAUGUUUUUUUUAAGCCAAUUGUAAGAGUAAAAAUAUUGACAGUAAUGUUUCAUAUUUCUGUUGUAUUCGAGUUUUUCUAGUUUGGAUGUUUUUCUAAUGUAAAUGUCAUAAAAUAAUCUUUAUAUUCAGAGUGAAAACAGGAGGAAAUGGACUCUUUUUUGCGCUUUUUUGUAUAAAGCAGUUUGUCCGUUCAAACAUGUAAUAACGACCCGCAGCGGCCGUGCGGAGCGACGAGGCCCAGCGUGGAGCUGCACAGAAACCAUCGCCUCAUCGUCUAGUGUCUAAACACGUUGUAAAUUAAAGCCGGCGUAGAUUUUUGUUUUUGUUUUGUUUCCUCCGCGAUCCGUCGUGGCUUCACGCUGAUUCGAGCUGCUGCUGGUUCGGAUUCGGGCCGUGGGAGGAGUUGGCGCUGCUUCGUGUUCAGAGAGGAGGGGAUCUGUACGGGUCGUUCUCUUCGGGGUUAUAAAGACGUUGUUGCUUCAAGACAGAGCAAAUUAAGUCCAUUGGCGAAUUAUUGCGUCUGCGAUCGUCAGUGAUUAGUGCCUGUUUUACGGUGACGUGUGAUCAAAGCGAGCACUUCGGGUGGAGAUGAUGGAGUUCAUGGAGGACAAGUUCGCCCUGAAAAGCCAAGCGAUGAAGGCCGGCGACUACUACAUGGAGCAGGUCCUGGACAGCCUGGACAGCGCGCACUUCUUCACCAAGUCCUCCCCGAAGUGCGCGCAGGCCUUCGGGCUCGCGAGCGAGCACCGCUGCUCGCCGUGCGGAGAGCACGACGCCAGUUACGGAGUCCACAAAACCGAGGACGACGCCUUGCGCCCGGACCUCGGCCGGCCGAUGGACGCGUGCUGCGCCCUGCGCGCGUCCCCGGGGACCGAGGGCCCGGAGAAAACGGACGUGGACGAGCUGGAAGACAAGUGCGACAGCAACGUGUCCAGCAGCAAGAAGAGGCGGCACCGGACGACGUUCACGAGCGCGCAGCUGGAGGAGCUGGAGAAGGUGUUCCAGAAAACCCACUACCCAGAUGUUUAUGUGAGGGAACAGCUGGCCAUGAGGACGGAGCUGACGGAGGCCAGGGUGCAGGUUUGGUUUCAGAACCGAAGGGCGAAGUGGAGGAAACGGGAGCGUUACGGGCAGAUCCAACAGGCCAAGAGCCACUUCGCAGCCACCUACGACCUGACGGUGUUACCGAGGACCGACAGCUACGCGCAGAUGUCCAACACCCUGUGGUCCAGCCCGGCUCCCGCCGGCGCCGUGGUCUCGUCCUGCAUGCUGCCUCGGGCCUCUCCUCCCUGCGUGGCGUCCUACGGCCACUCGCCCCGCUCGGCCGGCGCCGCCGACCACGGCUACGUGGCCUUCCCCAACCAGCAGAACCAGUUCGGCCACGUCUCCCUCAACAACUUCUUGGGCGCGGACUCGCUGCUCUCGCCGGGCGCCAACGGGCACCACGCCUUCGAGUCCAAGCCCGAGUUGGAGAGGCGCUCGUCCAGCAUCGCCGUGCUGCGCAUGAAGGCCAAGGAGCACGCGGCCAACAUCUCCUGGGCCAUGUGACGGACCUGUGUGUGGACCCGCACCAAACGGACCGCUGACUCAGCAAAGUGCACUGACCCAACGCGUCAGCACUGAAGCUGUGGCUUCAGGAAGAAGCCGCCCACAGACUGAAAGCUGGGAUGAGCUCAGAAACCAGUGUGGAUCCUGACAGGAGGCUGGAAGGCACUGGGAGCGACGCUGGCCUCCUCCAGUUCAGAACCAGUGGCUUUGACACAGGUUUUAAUAUUUGAUGUUUGAUGUUUAAUGAGAAUAAUAAACCAAUGUCACCUGGUUCCA